AUGUAUUUGCUAGUUUAUGUCGACGAUCUUAUCCUCACCGGUAACUUGUCUCCGGUACUCUUAGCUUUCAUCGCCCGUCUCAAUAAAGAAUAUGCCAUCAAAGAUUUGGGGGAGCUCAACUACUUUCUGGGACUCGAAGUUACUUAUAUAUCCAAUGGUCUCUUCAUAAAUCAAUCAAAAUACACUACUGAUAUUCUCACUCAUGCACAGAUGUUGGAUGCUAAAGCAGCCUCAACACCUUUAAGCACGAAUGUCUCUUUUGUUUCUGCAGGUACAUUGUAUUCAGACCCGACUCAUUAUCGCUUGAUUGUAGGUGCUCUUCAAUAUUUGACAAUCACCAGACCUAACAUUUCUUAUGCUAUCAAUCAAGUUAGCCAAUUUCUCCAUGCACCAAUUGUUGCUCAUUUUCAAGAAGUGAAACGCAUCUUACGGUAUCUCAAAGGCACGUUAAGCUUUGGACUUCACUUUAGCCGCCCAUCUACAUCGUCACUUGUUGGCUUCUCAGAUGCUGAUUGGGCUCGCUGUUUAGAUACCAGAAGAUCUACGUAUGGCUAUUCUAUUUUUCUAGGUGGCAACCUCGUUUCAUGGAGUGCAAAGAAGCAACCGACAGUCGCUCGCUCCAGCUGUGAAUAUGAGUACUAUGCAAUGGCAAACACGACAACUGAGAUUUUUUUGGAUCGCUCACUUACUCCAAGAACUACAUAUGCUCUUCCAACAGCUCGGCCAACCAUUCUAUGUGAUAACCACAGUGCCUUAUUCCUUACUCAGAAUCCUGUUUCCCAUAAACGUGCCAAGCAUAUCGAUCUUGAUUAUCAUUUCAUUCGGGAACUUGUGGCAUCCGGCAAGCUGCAUACAAAAUUCAUUAAAACAACGCUCCAGGUUGCGGACAUUUUUACUAAAAGCCUUCCUCAUGCUCAAUUUGAGUUCUUCCGUCAGCAACUUCGUCUGGGUCCUCCACCGUCUUGCUUGAGGGGGGUUAUCAGAUAG